AUGGCUGCGUCCACGCGAAAUGGUGCUGUGCGACAGCUUGAACCACAUUGGAAUAGUGGAUUGAUUGCCGCCUCAAUUAUAGUCUCGCUCCUCGGUGCAUUCACGUCGACUCAAAUGUUCUGUCAAGCCCGGACGUCACGCUAUUUUUCCGGAAUUCUGGUUUGGACAAUCCUAGGCAGCUUGACAUUUGGGUUCUGCUCCAUAUGGAGCUUGCACUUCAUUGCCAUGCUAGCCUGCGAACUUGACCUUCCAAUCGACCUGAAUGUGCCUUUGACGAUUCUAAGUGCCGUUUUGGCUGUUCUCUUUACAUUUUUAGCCCUGAUUUCAGAUCUUCUGCGGACUCGGUACCUUGGAUAUCUCAAGAAGGAAAAAACCAAGACGCGCGCAAAACGGAAACAACAUCAGAUGGGCUCUGUGCAGCUGUAUGAGGAGACCGCAGAGACAACCGAGCCUCUGCUUGGGGUGGACCCCGAGCCAAAUCCACGAGAAACUGGAAGGAAUGUCCACCUACGUCCGGAAGAUGCUUCACCGAGCGGAUUCUCACUUCGACGACAAGAUACCGAUCCUUCGAGAAAAACAAGUCUCGGUCCGCUGGAAGACCAUUUUCAUGGCGUCAAUCGCAAUGGCACUGCUAUCCCACCGCCUUCUCCCCAGUUUCCUCCGAGUCGCUCAUCCAGUUCGUAUGUUCCAGCAAGUAAUGAGUCUGACAGCGGCUCGACCGACGAUUUGGAUAGUUUAAGGAGACACUCCAGUGAUGACUAUCUUUUACGCCGCUCCUCCGCUACCACUGGGUCAGAAAGUAGUGAUUUCUCUCUCCCUCGGUUCAUGAGUUUCAAGGCUGCCAAAUCCACGACAACCGAAGCUACCAAUGUACUGGUGGGCACCAUCAAAGGCAUAUACUCGGGCGCUACACUCCGAAACUUCGUAAGAGGCUUUAUUUGGUCACUAGCCAUCACCAGCAUGCAUUAUUGUGGUAUCCUUGCACUAAGAAUUCCGGACGGCUAUUUCACCCUUCACCCUCUUGCUGUUCUCCUAUCGGCCACCAUCAGCUGGCUUGUUUGCACCCUUGCCUCGAUCUUGAUUCCUCAAAUCGAAGUCAACUUGGCCCAGCAACUGUUGUUUUCGAUUGUUGCAGCUACUGGGGUUGCGGCCAUGCAUUUUACUGGCAUGUGGGCCACCUCGUUUUGGUCAUUCGCCGAGCCAACCAAACAUAGGGGUUACCCACCUAGAUUAGCGAUGGCUGUCGGCACGGUUGCUAUUGGAACAUGCAUCAUCGCUAAUGGUCUUCUGGCCCACACGGCUACGAUGGCGCGAAACAAGCUUGCUGAAGUUGUUCAGACGAAGCGAAAGUUAUGGGCGGCCAUUGCGCAAAAAGAGAACGCAGAAGCUGCCGCUGCCGCACGAAGUGAAUUCAUUGCAUCAGCAUCGCAUGAGAUUCGCACACCGUUACAUCAACUGCAGGGCUAUGGCGAUUUGUUGGCACGAACUCCCCUUACCGAGGAAGGCCGUCUCUUAUUGCUUGCCAUUCAGCAAGCUACUAGAUCACUUUCCAUGAUCACUGCCAACGUCCUUGAUUGGUCAAGAUUAGAGAAGGGGGAGGCACAGUGUCGUCCAUCCAGCCUCGAUUUACGUCGAGUAUGUGAAUCAAUCCUCCACAUUCUUCCCCACCGGGAUGAUGAAAUUGAAACCGAACUUCUUGUGGUCGUCGCGCCGGAAGUUCCUAACUCCGUAUUCCUUGACGAGACGUAUCUUCAACGGAUUUUGAUGAAUCUUCUUACCAAUGCGCUUAAAUUCACGCAUUCCGGUUAUGUUUUAUUACUGAUUGAAAUGAGGGGGGAUGUCUUGAAUAUAAAAGUUCGAGAUUCAGGGUUCGGUAUAGCCGAGUCGUUCAUUCCCCACCUAUUUGAGCCGUUCAAGCAGGCCCAAACUUUGGGUGCUGAAAGAGGUACAGGACUUGGUCUAGCUAUAAUCAAACAGCUACUUGAAAAGAUGGAAGGCGCAAUUUCCGUGGAAAGUAAUCAUUUUCAAGUCAAAGGGGUUGGAAGUCCAAAGUCAGGAAGCAUAUUCGACAUCACGAUCCCAGUUCCCGCAAAGCCAAACUCUCCAGGCCCUCAAGGCUUAUUUGGUCCAGAUUCCGGCGGGGUGGCCAUAUUUGAAGCUUCAGGGGGUCGGAUCAUGGAGGGAUUUCGAAUAGCAUGGGCAGCUUUCGGACUCGAUGUAAUCCAUGCCGACCCAGACGCUGAAGUUCCGGACUCCUGUAAGGUCGUCUGGACUGACGUGACCUUCUUGAGUACCAGACCACAGCUUCUUGAACGACUUCUCCGGCUUCAGGACAAAUUUGUACUUUUGUCUUCUGAUUCUCAGUCAGCAUUAGACCAAGCCGUCGGAUCUGUUCCUCCGCCUCAUAUUGUCACGGUGAAGCGGCCGUUCGUAUGGCACCAAAUUGUCGAAAAUAUGACCAGGGUAAUGCGAUCGGGAAAAUCUGUCGUCGAUCGAAGUGUCAGGUUCGCUCCCACCAUUGACGUGUUGGAAGGUGGCACUCCAAUGGAGGAAACGCAAAACUUCAAUUUCUUCACCGUUCUUCUGGUAGAGGACAAUAAAAUCAAUCAGAAACUCGGCGCCAAGAUGUUGAAAAAUCUGGGUUAUAAUGUGCUAUUGGCAGAUGACGGUGAGGACGCGGUUGAAAAGGUGCUGGCGCAUGAUCGAGAAAUCGAUUUAAUCUUGAUGGACCAGUCAAUGCCACGUAAAGAUGGCAUUACUGCGACCAAGGAGAUUCGGGAAAUGGAGAGUGUGGGAGGUCUGACUCGAAGGCGACCGAUUGUGAUGGCUACAGCUGUUGUAGGACCUGAUGCUCAAGGUCUCUGCAUGUCGGCUGGAGCAGAUGAUUUUCUAACUAAGCCACUUUCACUGUCACAACUUGAACGUGCGAUGCAGAAAUUCCUUGGUUGA